ACUGGCAACACUACUCAUGCGUUUUAGAGCGCAGAUAAAAGUUAAUAUUUUUCAUGUUGGAAAAUCUAAAAAAAUGUAGUGUUCUUAUUCGAAUUGCUGUGAAACUUAAAAUUUAGUUUUGUUAUUUGCCAAUGUGCAACAAGUACAAGGCGAAGUAAUUGAUUGUGCAAAAACAUUUAAGUUCAACCGAAUUAUAUUUCACACUUUUGUAUCGACUUGAGUUAAAACGGCGACGUGCACAGCAUUUUAUUUGUCGCGAAGGCUGUAUAUCGUGGAAGCAGCAAACGCGCCAAUCUGCGGAACAACUCACAAAUAAACUUUUGUGGACAUGACCGACAAGAAUGCUGGUCAAAAUGGAACGCAGUGGACGAAAACGGUUACAGCUGCAGCUGCUAUUGCUGCACAACAACAAAAAACACUUAAUACUAAUGUUUUAUCUGGAACACAACUCCUUCAUCAACAACAACGAUUAUAUGAUCCAGCGGCGCUAAUGCCAGCUCAUAGCAGUAUUUUUGGGGCAAGUGUUGCUGCUUCGCUUGGACAUCUAUCCCAUCCAGAUGGCAUAGCACCGUACAGCGGUGCACGCUUUCAGCCACCACCACUACCAAUACAACAGUCUACAAUAGAUGCGACAAAUUUAUCACAUUCUCUCGCGCACCAGCAUUCCCAGCAUCCAUCGCAACUUGUGCAACAUCAACCUUCACCGACGCAUACACCAACUACAGUUCUAACUGCGCCAGCUGCCGCUUCUCCCAGUGUACCUGUACAAAGUGGCUUUGUGCCACCACCAUUACUGCCAGGUGCAGCAACUUCAGUGUUAACGCAAAAUCCAUUUGCAGUAACACCACAAUUGGAACAUCUAACACCGCAUUUAAAUUUGCAACAACAAUUAGAGUUGAAUAAAAUUAUGACUGCAAUGAAUAGUCAAUCUAACGCUAUUAAUUCACCCGGUGCAAUAGGCAGUGGAGGGAGCCACGCAGGAAAUUUAACAAGUCAACAGCAAACAACACGGCACCUUGUAACCGACGUGCCAAUGUCUAGUACUGGUAGUAAUAGCAACAGCUGUGGUGGUACAAGUGGAACUGCAACAGGGGCAGGAGCCAUUAGCAGCAUUAUAACUGAGAAUGUUUUACAUGCGAUAAGUGCAACACCAAAUAGUAGUGUCAGCGCCAGUAUGCCGGCAGUGCAUGGACGUUUGACUGGCAUUGGAGUGAGAAUACCGGAUGAUGACCGCUUACGUCGUGUACAGGAAAUGGUAGAGUCGGGCGUAAGUGAUCUAGCGAAACAACAAAUACAACAAAUCGUUGAUCGCGUUUCAACUUUGAAGCCGGUGGAAAAACUACUGCUUUAUUUGCGUUUACCAGGUGAAGCGCCAGAAUCAGAUCCCCUGCGGCAUCCCCAAAAUCCAUUAGGUUCACGUUCUGAGAUAAAUCAUACAAUUAACUGGGUACGCUCGCACCUAGAACAUGAUCCCAAAGUGUCCAUACCAAAGCAAGAUGUAUAUAAUGAUUACAUAGCUUAUUGUGAACGUCUGGACAUAAAGCCGCUUUCGACCGCAGAUUUUGGUAAGGUAAUGAAACAAGUGUUCCCCGGCAUACGGCCACGCCGUUUAGGUACACGUGGUCAUUCUCGCUACUGCUAUGCAGCUAUGCGUAAAACCACCGAAUUAGAUUCACCUCAACUCCCACUACUCGAUACAACUACCGCCAAUGAGUCAUCCCUGAUUGGUGAUGGCAGCAACACCCUAUUUGAAAAUGCUACUGCGUUCAGUGGUGAUACAGAGAUAUGGCAAACCAUACGCAGUUGGGCGGAGAGUAUGUUAAAUGUGAAAGUGGAUAGCGCACGGGAGCUAGCGUCCCAUAUAAAAACUGUAACCGGCGAUAGCCAAUUGUCCACAUCAAAUGUACGCUCUGGAAGCAGUACUACACAUAAAAAGUACACACCGCGUGAGCCGAAAGAGAAACGCUUGAUGGUGGUAAGUUCAAACAUAAUAAGUUUUAGUAAUUUUUCGAUAUUCUUGUGCUUAAUGAUUUUAUUGACAAUUUUAUUUAAGGACAUGGGUCCUCUGAAGAAACGACGCAAGAAAAAACGCAAAGGAUCGUCUUCGUCAGAAUCCAGUUGCAGCCAGACUACAGCGCAAGCGCAGCCACAAACGACAUUUUCUACCGCGGAUACGCCAGCAGUCGAUGUUAAGCCGCCUGUAAUGAGCGAAUUCAUACAAAUAAAACAGGAAAUGAUGGAUUCGCCGACAAUGCCACGAGUGCAUCACUUGCCUGCUUCCGCGACACAAAUGCCGCAAAUGGCAACAGGUACAGACAGCUUUUUGCAACAAAAACAGCAACAGCAAAUGUUACCUAUGGAUUUGGCAACUGAACAACGUACAGUGUUGGCACGUGCACCACCAGCCCCUAGUGCCUUUGGAGUGGCUCACACACAGCUUCAAACACCACAACAACGUCAAUCACUACGCACUACCUUGGCAGGCGUAACUCCUAAUACAACAGCCGUAAAGAAUCUAACACCAAAAAUCAUUGAACUUGGCGCGGUUGAAUCUGCUGCAAUGUCAGCAGGUGGAGCACAAGAGCCGAACGCAGUCAUUAAAGAGGAAGAAUUCUUUGAUGAAUAUAAUACGAAUAUAUUUUGCAAGAAAGUACGAAAAGCACAACAAACCAAAGGGUUUUGGGCUAAUUCGCCCACUUCUGUAACAAGUAAUAAUGCCGUGCCUAUAAUUACAACAACUGCAGCUCCUAAAGAGGUGGGACCUUCGCCAACAAGCUUAUCAGCUGUUGCCACAUCAGUUAUUGCCACGUCUGCCGUGACGUCCACUCAACCCUUGGAAGGCAAUCAAGACGCCGGCUCCACAUCUAGCGAUUUAAUGGGACCACCAGCACAAAUUGGCAGCAACACCUCGGUUAGUCCGUCGAGCUCGCUAUUAGGUGCAGACAGCAGUGGCACUACUUCCCAUCCACCCACCGCUGCUUCACCCAAGGUUUUGUCGCGCAACAUGCUACAAAUGCGCGCUAAGCGCCAACAAAUUAUGGCCGCUUUGGCAGCUGAAGCCACUGCAAAUGCUGCCAACAAUUUGACUGAUCCGGAUGCAGGUGAUCUGUCAGCAAAUUUGGGUUUGCCACGCGAACGUGUUAUUAGUAUAUGUAACAUGGACAAACACGAAUUAGAUGAUUACUUUGUAGCUGGCGAGGUCGAGGAGGAACCAGAGGACCAAGAUACCGAAUUGCUUCAAUAUUUUCAGACGAGAGACGCUGAGGAAAAACUGAAUUCCUUAGAUGCUGUAAAAUCAAAUAGGCAUCCAACAGUCACGACACAGGCAACCACAACAACAACGAUGCCAACAACGAAAACGUCAACACCAACGACGUCAAGAGUGCGUGCAAAGCCAAUGGCAACGAAAUGUUCGCCACAAACUAUCAGCAGACAACUGAGCAUACAAUUAAAUGCCAUGGAUAACUGUAGUUAUUCAUCACAAGUGUCGAAUAGUGGCUUUACUGCCGCUGCUGGUACCAAAAAGCAAACAGCACCAGACGCUGUGCUGUCCAAAACAAGUCCUACAACAACAAUGGCUGUUGGAUCGGCCUCAGCGUCUCUCACUUUCAUGUCACAGAAGCAUCAGCAACAACAACAACAACAACUUCAUACACAAGUUCGACAAGAAAACUCGCAGCUAACGCUUGCACCAAACAACGCUAAAAACAAUACUAACUUGAACAAACGUAAAAUCAGUUUAAGUGGCACCACGCUAAAUGCAGCCGAAGUUAUUGCGACACGCAAAAAUUGCAUAUUCUUUCCAAUAUCGCCCAAUACCAACACUAACACGAUAAGCCAGAACAAUAAAAAUCCUGUCAAUAACGGUAACAAUACAAAAUUGAAUGGUAGUAGCAUUUCGCUGAAUGCGGCGAACACGCUCAACUCGGUCGGCGACAAUGGCGGUGGCUCCUAUUUCGUCAGCCCCGGUCAUAGCGCGCACCGUGUACGUCCGAAAGAUGCAUUUGCACUAGGAAAACAGUUGUCAUUGGAGCACGAUUCCAGUGAUCCGAUGAUUGGCGCCAGUCGUCGACGUCGGAGCUAUGCCAAUAUCGGCGCAACCGGUGGUAAUAGCUCACUCUUACCAAUCACCUCAGCAUCGGCACCGCCAAGUCCGUCUGUUUUGCAACAGCAACAACAACAACAGCAGCAACAAUUAUAUGGCACACCGUUUUUCGGAGGUGACAUAAGCCAACAAUCGAACAAUCAUGCUGCAAGAGCUGCAGCCUAUAAUCAGAUAAACACUAACACAGACGUAAGUGCAGCCGAGCUAUUGGGCGCCGAUCAAAACUCAUUGGAUUUGGAUAUGUUUAGCGCGUCAGUGGACAGAGGCAUGGUUUAUGACGAAUUAACACUGAAUGAGCUUACUACUGCUGCACCUAAUGAGAUGCAGCGUUCACAAUCGGUACCACUAUCACAGCUACAACGCAUACAUUCGCCGGCCUUCAAUCGUAGUUUUCAAGCGGCUCCCUAUUCGGCGUGUACAUCGGUUGCACAAACACCGGUGCCACAUGAAUUCGCUGACUCAACGACGUUCUUCUCCGAGAAUAGUUGUAGUCAAAACAGUGGUGGUGCCUUAAACGGUAAGCAUGGGAGGCAAACUAUGUCCGCCAAAUUACUGGACGACGAAGCUGCCUUAUUGGCUAACGAUCCGGACACGAUGUUGGAUAACCUGGAAGAAAUGUUCAAUACAAAUUUUUUGCGCAUGAAAUGCCCAAACAAUUUUCAAAGCAACACCACAACAACGACUUGUUCUUCGGCAGGCUCGUCAUCGGGUUAUAGCAGCAGCGCUUGCAUGGCAUUUGGUAGCGCUGCGCUAAUAUCGGGCGGUGGUGGUGUUGGUGGAAGUGGCAAUAACAUAUUGGGUUGUACAGGUAAUACAAUGUCGCGUUCGGUGCCAUCCACGCCGCUGCCACAUCAGCAACAACAGAGCCCAUUCGCCACACACUUUUAUGGCGGACGUCGACGGUUUGAGGAUGAAGUGAAUCUCUCACCGUCGCUCACAACUUCUAGCAGUACCAUGGGUGGCACAUUUACUACAACUGUAUUCAAGUAUGGCAACAACGGUGGCGGCUCAUUCGGAAAUAGUGGCGGUGGUGGUGGUUGCAGCAGCAAUUACGACAUGUCACGUUCCAUGCCAACAACACCAACGGCGACACCACGUUUUCGCUACAGCCCCAUAGAGUUUACGCGCGAAUUUCUCAGCAACGGCAACACUAUCGAUAGUCUCAUCAGCGGCGGCGCAAAUACCGGCAGCUUGACCGAUGCUGGUGCACCCAGUGAGGGACUUAGCGCUGCGCUAACUGGACUUACAGGCAAUAAUGAUGCGCUUAUUGAUGAUAGUUGCGGCUUAACCGCCGAUGUCUUCGUCAAUCACACCGUCACCGAUGCUGAUUCAAUAAUUGCCGAAGCGAAUGAGUUACUGGGGAAUUUGUAGAAUUCGCAUGAAGAGGAAGUGGAGUUGGCUACUAGCAAUGAUAUGAAUAGCAAAAACAACAACACUAACAAUAAACAUAUUUUAGAAUCCGCUAGUGCAGCGGCAGCCAGUCCGCGGUCGUUUGCUCAUGAAGCUCAACCACAAGAUAAUGUGAUUCCAAGCAGUGUUGUUGUUGGACUGUUGUUGGAGCAAGUUGGUAAGCUUUAGAGUUUUAUCAACGUAUUUCAUGUAUGUUGUUGUUGCAUAUUUGCUGGUAAGAAAACUUGUGAGCUUAGCUUUUGCUUUUGUUGUGCUUAGUUUAUUAAAGUUUGAAAGACAUGUGCUAGUGUUGUAAAAAUACUUCCUCACUACUUUCCUUUCCAUGCCAUGGAAAUAUUUAGCUAAAGUCAGUUCCACAUGAGGCCGCGUGUGUUGGAAAUAAGCUAGAAAACAUUCCACAUGCUAGAAAACUUGCCCAGUUCUGAACGUUAUAGUCUUCUUCUGCACAUCAGCUGUUUUUUGUUUACAUCCAAAAGCAAAUUUGUAAAACACGAAUACAAAAAUAUUCGGAAUUUUUUGAAAAUGUAUGUAUUUGUUGUGAUUACUAACUACAUAAGAGAAAUAUGCAAAAAAUUAUAAUUACAUAAGGAAAAAAUAUUUAGGCCCGUGACACGAGAUUUAAGAAAAAAAUUAUAGACGACAAGUUUGUGAAACAAAGUAUGGUAAGGUUGUCCUAAACUAUUGUGGUUGUAACCGUAAAUUGUAAAAUGUUUGUUGUAAUGUUGAUAAAUUCGAACUUCGUGGCACCGUACCACAUUAUCAACUUUAAAAACUAUCAAAAAAUAUUUUAUAGUUUUAACAGCAGCAUAAAAACUUUGAGAGUUAACAAUAAACAAUUUAUAUUUAUAUUAGUGCAGUCCAAAGCCCUAUUGAGCUUUUUUUUUACAUCAAAAACAACCACUGUUAGACAACUCAUAUCAAAUGAUUUCGAAUCUGUGCAAUUGCAACAACAUCAAUAUAUCUUUGCUGAAAAUACAAGUACAUAGGUCUCCAUAGCCAACGAAGCUUUCUCUUCAAUCGCCAUUAAGUGCCGCACGAGUGAAAUUUGUUACGAUUUUCACUCAACUAGAGUGUCAAUAUUACACACUUCUACAAAUGUUUAUAUUUUUCGAUAUAACUGUGCUGUUAUCCUAUAAACUUAAUCACCAUAUUUUUGUUAUUACUAUUAUUUGUUUGUGGAAUGAACAAUUCAAUUGUUUGUUAAAUGUUGUAUUGUAUAUUUGGAUAUGUAUGGAUAAUGUAAUUGUCGUAUUAAGUACAUAACUGUUUUAUGUAAAGUUAUACAUACAAAUGUAUGAAAAUACAUUUAUAAAUGUAAGGGCUGCAAAAAUACAAUUUAAAAUGCUAAAGUACAAAACGGAAAAUUUUCAAAAUAUUUUGUACUUUUAUUUCAGUUGAGCAAAAAUUCAUUUACACUUCAAUACUAGUACUGCAUUAACUUUCUAUAGAUAAACAAAUAUUUUUGUACGUUGGUAGCGUUGCAUUUUCAAUGAAAUUUGAGCAAAAAACGAAGAAUAUUAAGCGCUUCAUGGUUGUCCAUAAGAAGAGCAUACUUUAGUUAUGAGUAGCUCAGAGCACGAAAAGCCGCUAACUGUAAAAUAUUUAUAAUUAAAUGCUUUAACGAUUUCAUUUAACCGAUUGCCUUAACAUACCGUACACAUAACGACGGAAAGUUUCUUAUGACUGAUUUACAUACAACUUUUGAUACGCUUUGCUUUAAGCUUUUGCUUUGACCGAUAAUUUCGAUGUAUGAUUUUGUAUGAGUUCGUUCAGAUAAAAAGUGCCAAAGCAAAGCAAAAUGUUGGGAAACUCUCUUUUUUUAUGCUUUGACAAGUAACAGUCGCCAUUUUAAUUAAUUAUUGUUUUUAUUUCUAUGAUUCUUCAAUUUAAUGGAAAUACAUUUUGAAAAUGUGUCACAUUAGUACACAGUUUAGUUAAGCGCAUCUGUUAAAAUGAGCAAAACUAAAGACUAAAUAUUAAAUAUCAGAGAGAAGAACGGAAAGCAAAGCGUUCAUUUUGACAUAACUUAAGAUUUCUUUGCUGCGUUAUUAAAGUAUGAACGGUCAAGCAAAUCGAGAAAAGUUUUAUUUAAAUCAGCCAUUAAAGUCAAAUUAAUAAAAAGGCUGUGCUUUGGGCCAACGCGCCAAUGACAUUGAAAUUAAAAUUUCCUGUUCUAAUUUUCUUUUUUUUUGUUUUGAUUUGACUAUGUAUGAAUUAAUUUUCCUAAAUAUUUUUCGAAAAUUUCUACACCCAUAUAGUUAGCAGUUCAAUUUAUUGAAUUUAAAUUAAAUUUAGAUAUAAAUCAGAGUAUAUAACUAUUCUACAAUUUUACAAGCUUUAAGCUGAAAAGUUCAUAACAUAAACCAAAAAUGUGAAAAUAAAUUUUUUUAAUGAAAAUUAGCGAACAUAUACGUACAUAAAAUCAAAUUUUUACAACUGUAAUAUUUAUAUAAGUAAAUAUCUGUAUAUUGGCAGCGAAAUUUGGACUUUUAUGAUCAAAAUUUAUAUAUUAUAUGUAUACCUGUAGGGAGGCAUAAGAAAAUGCGAAUUUUUAUUGUACAAUUGAAAAUAGAUUUUUUCACGCUUUUAACGUAUAAAUUAGCAAGUAUGUGCAUAUAUGUAAGCACAUUUUAAACGCAUACAAAAGUGUCUAAAAAACAGAAAUAAUACAAAAGCGCCUUGCAUGUGACAUAAGAACAUUUGUGAAGAUAUUGUUUAUAUGUGAAGAAUUGUUUAUAACUUUCCCCUUACUAAAUAGCUAUAAUAAAUAGUUUUGCUUUUUUUCAAA